AUGUAACAAGGUAUUUACAUUUCUGAUCCUGCUGAAUACUUAUAGAAAAUGAAAGAGCAUAAAAAGAUUUUGCUUGUAAAAUAAGAUAUUUUUGGCUUUUAACUUUAUGAUAUUUCUCUUCAUAAAAAAGGUCCAAUGGAAGAUAAGCUUUACCUCAAAAAUCCAUUCUUUCUAAUGAAUGUUAGAAGAGGUAAUUCAAUUUUAGUACAUGAUGAUUCAAUAAGCAUAUGUAGAAGAGGAAUGAGAAAGUUCUAUGAUCUUGAAAGGAAGUACAUUGAUUAUGAAUUGGAAUAAUAAAAUGUUAAAUUAUCAAGAUAUCAUGAAAAAGCAUGUUUCAAUAUUUUGAAUCCUAUAAAACAAGCAAUUUAAGAGGGAAAAAAGAUACAUCUUUAUAAAUUAUUCAAAGAGAAUGGUGAACAUUGUCAAAUAAGUUUUACGAAUGGAUAUUGGUUGGUGGCUAGUAAAAACUGCACAAUUCUCUUUCAAUAAGAAGAUGAUCUAAAUUUAUAUAAUGAUUUAAGACAUACAUGGGCAAAAUUGAUUGCAAAAUAAUGGUUAGAAAUUAUUAAAGAAUAAAAUUUUGAUGAUUUAAAAUCAUUUCUUACUCAACAUACUUUGAUAGGUGAAUAUUGUGGUAAUCCUGAGUAUUAACAUAUAACAAAAUAUUCACAUAUUCAACUUAUUUUUUAUGCCAUUGUUAAUAAUAAUUCACCUGAUAUUUGUUUACCUGUAGAACAUACUAAAUAAAUAUGUGAAUAAUUUAAUUUGCAAUUUGUUAAAAAUUAAUCAAUUAAAAAUUUUGAUAAUUAUGAAGGUGUUCUAAAAUAAUUAGCAAUAUGGUCAAAACUUAUAGGAGAAGGACCUAUGGUAUUAGAAGGAGAAGGAUCAGUUGCCUAUAUAGUAGCAGAAGAUCAGAUUGGAAAUCAUUAAACAAUAAGUCUUUGUAAAUUAAAAUCUAUGGAAUAUUUGAUAUAUAGAAAAUUAAGAGAGAUGUUAAAAAUAUUGAUUUAAAAGAUAUAGUUAAAUGAACAUUAUCAAUUAUCAGUUUAAUUAGGGAAAUUUCUUAAUGAAUUGUAAAUCAUUAUCAAAUAAUAUUCACCACCUUAACCUAUAAGAUAUUAUCUUCAUAUAUCGAAAUUGGCAUUUGAAGAGGUCUAUAAUAAUAAAAUUGCAUUUGAAAAGAUAAGAUAUAAUUUUGUUGAUUUUCUUGAACAAAUUUAAAAUAUGUAAGAGGACAAAAUGAAUGAAAUAGAUGAAUUAGGAGAAGUUAAAUAGAAGAAUUAUUAACGUCAUGUAAGAGUAAUUCUAUUAACAUUACCAAUGUUGUUUGAAGACAAAGUAUUACAAAGUUUAAAAGAUAAUCUAAAUAUAUAAUGUGUUGAAUGUUAAUAUAUGUGUAGAAAUCAAAAGGUAUUUGCAUAAAGAGCAAUAUCUAUUUUACAUAUGAUUCCUAAAUUACCAUACAAUAUUAAUAAUGAAUAAUAAUUGAAUGAUUAUUUAGUUAAUUCAACAUUAUAAAAUCAAGAACCAUCUAACAUUAUUUUUGUAUUUUUAGGUAUGAAUUAAGAAGGAUUCAAAAUAUCAUUAUAGAAUUUAUAAUCGAAAAUAUUUUAAGAUUAAAAUCCAAUAAUAAGUUCAUUUGGUGUUCAAUUUACAACAGCAAAACCAAAAGUAUAAUAAUUGAGUUUGGAAAGAUGGUUAGAAAAAGGAUAAGUUUAUUUGAAAGAAUGUUAAAAGAAUUUUCCAAAUAGAACUUUUGUAUUGGAAGAAUUUGAUUUAUAAAAAUUGGAGUAAAUAAUUAAAUAAUUUGAAUAUGGAGAAUAACCAUAAAUAGAAGAUUAAAAUGAACUAGAUUUUGAAGAAUCUGAUGAAGAUGUUAAACCUUAAAAAAAAAUAGUAAUUAUUUAUCCAUUUAUGAUACCUGGUUCUGGAAAAUCAACAUUGGUUGAAUAUUUAAAAUAGAAUUAUAAGGAUUAUCCUUUUUAUGAUAUUUGUGCAGAUGAAGUUACUCUUCAAUUAAUUAAAGAUAAAUUAGGAGAUAGUACAGAUUCUUUGGCAAUUAAAUUCUAAAAAGUAUUUCUAUAUAUCAAAGAAGCAUUUUAAUAGGAAUUUCAUAAAAAAAUUAAUGAAAUCAUCAAUUCCAAUAAUGAAAAAGCAGUAUUGUUUGUUGAUAGAAAUUGUGUUCCUCAUACUCUAUUAUAUAUGAUAGAUCAUGUUAAAGCAAUAUAAACUGAUAUUGCAUUAAAAAAAGGAGUUUCUAUUAAGAUUUACAAUCUUGGAUUCACAUUUCCUGUGUAAGAAAGUAAUAUUUAAAAUACACCUUUUUGUUAUGAUUAUGCAAUUACUAUAUUAAAUCGUUUAUUAGUUAGAAAUGAUCAUAUAUUAUUGGGAAAUGAUGUUCUUUAUAAAACUUAAGUAUGCAUGAAAAAUCUUGCACUUUAUACUGGAUUUAAAGCUAAAGAUUCCUAUUUUUAAAAGUUCCAUUUAUAAAAGAUUAUUCCAAUGAGUUAUCCAUAAGAUAGAUUUAAUCUUGAUAAAAAUGAUUUGCAUAUUGCUUAAGAAUUAAUUGCUUAAGUAUAUUAUUUACGUUAUAAAAUCUUAGUGUGUAUUGACAUCUUAAUAAACAAGAGAUUUAGGUUAAGGAGAAGAAUUUACUAAAUUAAUUGAGUUUAUGUAUUCCAUUAAAGAGAAAUAUAAGAUCCAAGAAUGCAAUUUGGAAGAAGAAUGUAGAUAAAAUUCAUAGAGAUUAUGUGCUGCAAUCAAAAAAUUAUUGUUGCCAUGA